CUGUAUUUUACUCUUCAGUUUACAAUAUGGCAGCCCCCAGAUCGGACAGAGUUGAUUCUAGUAGGAGAUUAUGUGCCCGUUAUCGCAAGUUUUUCAUUGCUGCCGGAGUAACAUUGGGAUUACAAAUUUUAUUGUGCCAUUAUUUUCUAAAUCUCAGUCAGAGAUCUGAGGAUAUUAAUUUUAUAAUUAGUGGUGAUAAUUCGGUGAAGAAAAUUUCGACGACAAAGAACCGUGGCACGCAAGAUUCUCCAAUUAGUGAUAAACUUAUAUCAACUAACGGAGGCAAAGGACCGCCCAGAAUGAGAAAACUCUACACUAGAGCUAGCACUACCUCCCUCAACAACGACGACUCUCUUCUUCCGAACGUUCUGCCCAAAGAACCAGCAAACAAAGCGGUUCAGAACCAAAACAACGAAACCAAAUUCCAAGAAGUGCCUGGGUCAGACUCGCCGGCUGCAGGCGACUCCCCGCUGACCAACAUCGACGUGCCUCAGGAUCACGCUUUCAGCAAAGCACCACUCGAAUGGCGACAGCACGACCAGGCGGCCGCUGAAGGAAACAACGAAGAGCAACAGAAGAAACCAGAGCCGAGCCUGGCGCAGUUCUCUCCCGCGUGUGACGUUAGUGCCAAGGACGUGGCCUCCGCAAUCAAGCGCGCCAAGACGGUUCAGUGCAAACAGGAAAUAGCAGACGUCUUUUGCCAGCAGCAGAAUGGAACCCUGUACACAAUCAAUCUGCCAAACUAUUGUCCCAACAAAGGUCAAGAUGCCGGACACUACUAUGGCUGUUACAGAGACUCGAGCUCGUCACGUGAUCUGGACGGAGGAAUGACCGAGCUGUCGGACAACACUCCGCAGGCGUGCAUUGAUCACUGUUACAGAUCAGCUCAAAAAUAUGCAGGUUUACAGUAUGGGAAAGAAUGUUGGUGUGGCAGCUCUUAUGGUAAGCACAGCGACAAGCUGGACGAGGCCCACUGCUUCACUAAAUGCCCAGGAGAUGCAUCCCAGACCUGCGGAGCCUAUCUCGCCAACAAGGUGUACGGGACAGGUGUCCAGGAGGUCAUAAGACAGGAUGCUCCUUUAGAGUACGCCCCUGUUGAGCCAGACAUUCCCAGAGUGAAGAUAGUCUUUGUUUUGACAGUGAAUGGCCGUGCAGUCCGUCAGGUGAACAGGUUGCUGCGAUUGAUCUACUCUCCUUCCCACUACUACUACAUACACGUGGACAAGAGACAGGAGUACCUAUUUAGAGAGUUACUUCCCUUAGAAGACCGGUUCACCAAUGUGCACCUAACAAGGCAAAGAUUUUCCACCAUCUGGGGCGGGGCCAGCUUGCUGCAAGCACAUUUGAGCUUUUUGACUGAACUGUUUGAAGACAAGAAGAACUGGACCUGGGACUAUUACAUCAAUCUUAGUGAAAGUGAUUACCCUGUCAAACCAGUCUCUGACUUAGUGGAGUACCUCACAGCUUACAAAGGUUUCAAUUUUCUUCGGUCUUUUGGGAAAAAUGUUCCAAGGUUUAUAAAGAAACAAGGAAUUGACCAGACUUUUCAUGAAUGUGAGGAUCAUUUGUGGCGUGUGGCCCCACGUCCACUUCCUUCAGGAGUUAUCUUUGAUGGAGGAAGUGACUGGAUUGGUCUGUUUAGAGAGUUUGCUCGCUACGCCCUCAAUUCCAAGGACAAGCUGGUGACAGGAUUAAAACAGUAUUAUAAAUACUCUCUUCUACCUGUGGAGUCCUUCUUUCACAUGGUGCUACAAAACAGUUUGUUCUGUAGCCAGUCAGUAGAUAACAACCUUCACCUGACUAACUGGAGGAGGAAGCAAGGUUGCAAGUGUCAGUACAAGCACAUAGUGGACUGGUGUGGCUGCUCCCCCAACAACAUCAAGAUCUCAGACAUGGAGAGACUUCUGCACUACGACAAGAAACCAAUGUUCUUUGCUAGGAAGUUUGAGGCCAUUGUUGAUCAGGAAGUCAUUAACUCUGUGGACGUCACUUUUCAUGGAUACCUUUACUCAGGUGUUCAAAGUUUGUCCAACUACUGGCAGAAUGUCUACCAUCACCUGGACAAGAACACCAAGGUGAAAGAUGCUGCUCUUACCAUCUAUUCAUCAGUAGAGAGGAUAGCCUCAUCACUCUUAGAUAAGACCAUGACUUCCUGUGCACUGAAACCCUUCAAACUUCUAGAGACCACUGUUUUCAAUGAGGCAGAUCACUUCCAUGGUCUGCUGGUUCUCUUCUCAGCACAGCUACAGAGCACAGGCCAAGUAGUCACCUUAGAAGUCCAUGCUGAGCCUCAACACUAUUACUCAGUAGUUGACAAUAAAGGGAAAGCAGCCAGACUGCAGUCAUUAGAGGUUGGUACUGACUUUGAUGUCAAAGAGUUGAUCUUCAGAAAUGAUGGGAAUUUGAUUGGGCCUUUUGAUGAGAUCACUUUACGCCAUGCCUGGCUUCCUGGAACAGAAUUUUCUGUCUCCAUUGCUUGGGUGGACCCUACCAAUGAGAUAGCAGCCUCUUAUGAUGUACACAUCCCAUCUGUCUACCAUGUUGGAAACCAGAAACCAUUUCUCAACAAGCCCCUUCGACCAGGCAUGUGGAAGUCUUGUGUGAUGAUUGACCUCAAGUUGGUGGCUUGCACACAGUUUCUGGUCACCCCACUCACCUUUUACAACAACAGACCCAUUUCUUCCUCUGAGGCCCACCGGGCUCACCAGGGCCCCAAUGGUCUCUACACUAGUACAGACUUUUCAGAGUUUAAGCCCAACCUGAACCUAAAUGAUGAUCCCAAACUUAUUAGUGAAGCCAACAUAAACAGUAGGAAAACUGGCCCUGAGUUGGAACAGUGGGUGGACAUGCUGGCUAAGUUUUUCUGGGUGGUCCAGAACACUUGUGUCACAGAGUUGGUCAGUGCAUGCCCAAUGCUAGUUCCCUGUCAGAAUGUCUCCUGGAGCUCAAGGUCACCAGACCUGAAGUCAGACACUAGAUAUAUAGGUGCCAAGAUUCCAGUUGUUAGCUGACACGAAUGGAUGCUUAGAGUUAUUCUAUUAAUUUUAGUAAUUACCACUUCUCUGUUGUUUGAUUUUGUGGUCAGAAAUUCUGUUCCUCAGACAACUUGAUUGAAAUGUUUUUGUAUGUGGUCAGAAAUGUUAUCCUACUAAAAAUGAUAAUUUUUCCCUCCUAAACAUUUGUGUGUGUGUGUGCAACAGUGUUGCCACUGCACCUUGUGAUUGGAAAGGUUUGAAGAAGAAAGCGUGUGUGUGUUAUUUUGUUUAUAAUUCUAACAAAAUCAAAAAGGCUUGACUUUUAAAACUGAGAGCUAUUUAUAUCUGUGGAGUGUGUACAUGGUAGGGGGAAGUGGAGAUUUUUUUUGUUUUAAAUUGUCACAUAGUUCUGUGGCUGGGAAAAAAAACUAUGAAGUAAAAGUAAAUGCAGAGAAAGUGUUUAUUCAACUACCUGACCUAUGUAAAUGGAACAUACAUUAUGUGCCUUAUUUGAAAUGGAAUCAUGUUUGUUUUCACAUUUCAUUAUUGCAAACAUUUGACAAUUUCAACAUUGCUUUGUCAUGGAAUUUGUUUAUGUCAUUGGAAUCAAAAUGUUGAAAGCUGUUGUUUGCUUUUCUUUCUUAUUAUUUAUUGAAUGUCUUUAGAUUCAUUGUAAUUGUAAACCUUGGCUUAAUAAUUUGCUAAUUAUGUCUAUAAAUUAAAGCCAAAUUUUAUUCAACCUGAAACUGAAAAAAAUGAUCUGAAUAUAUUUUUAUUUCAAUAUCUGCUUAAUUUAUAAAGUAACAUAUAAUUUGAACAUUUUUUUUUUCAUAUUGUUAUUAUGUGUAAAAAUGUUAUAUUUUAUUUUAAUAGUUUUUAUUUAUCACAUAGUAUACUUUUUCCCAAUGAAAAAUGUAAAAGUUUAUUUAUGUUAAUUAAAAAACAACAACUGAUACUUAAGUUCACACUAGUACUAUGGUUAAUGAACUCUGGCUUCACUUAGUUUAUCAAAGCCAGAAUUCUAACUCCUGCCUUAUACCAAGUAGGCCAGUGCUAUCUGUACUAGCCUGCAUCUUUUACAGAAGCUUGCACAUGGUGGGGAGUGAUGUGGGAGGUAUCUUUAGUGUCACUAAAUCUGACCAAUAGUAUUUUGGUCCUUGACACACAUAGGGGUAGAAGUGAGUCUCUUGAAGGUGUUUGAUUUUCUAUUUGUGUCCUAUGAAUAGGACAAAACAAACUUGUUUCUUUCAUGUUUGAAUGGCAGGUUUCCAUAUCUCAUUUAUUUAUGCUAUACACUUUUGUUAUUAAUUGUAGUAGACAAUUUUUUGUUAAAUAGGGGCUGUUCUCACAUUUUAAUUCUACAAAAUGUAAUUAGUCAUUAUUUAGCACGUAGCUAUUUUUAAUUUAUUGCUUCAGCAAACUGUACAUUAUUACUGAAAGAAAUGUAUUCAUCUAGAUUAUUCUAGAUAGUUAUUCUGUGACUGGGGAACUUUGUCACUGGAACAGAACAUAAGUUGAAUAUUUAUUUUUUACACUAAGUUAUACACUAUUAUUUUUGGUUGACAUUUAAUGCACUUAAGUCAAAAAAUUGUUUUUUUUUAAUUAUUAUUUUGUCUGCUGGUAAUGAUAUUUGAUUCUUACUUACAACUUUAGUGGAAGUUAUUUAAUAUCACUUUUUCUUGUUCAAUGUUUUCUUUACACAAAUAUAUAUUUUUAUUUUAUUCUCACUUUAUUUGUGGUAUAACAUUUAUACAUUUACUUUCUAAUAUCUAUUUACACAUUUUUUAAAACUCUGACUACUUUCAAUGUUUAUACUCUUGUGUCUCCAUGAUUGCUUUACAGUUUUAAUGGAUUUACAAAUUGUAAUUUACUUACUAUAUUAAAAAAAAAUAAUAACUUAAAUUUGAAUAUAUUUUACUACAGGAAUCAUCUUCCAACAUGGGUCUAUUUUUAUCCUCUUAUUCAUUUUAUGGCAGUAUUAAUUCUAAGGGUUGCUAAAUCAAUUUGUGUUUGAUCUUUAAGAUCAAUGAUGUCAACUCACGAUUGUUCCAUUCCUUAAUCAAAAAUUUACUUGUGUAAGGUUUUAAAUCUGUCAUCAAAAUGUAUUUAGUAUGAUUGAUAUUGAAUGCAGCCUUCCAUCCUAGUUUUGUCAUUGAACUUAACGAAACAGCUUUGAACAAAGGGCUAAGAAAGCAUGUGGACCAACGAGCUAAAUUUAUAUUUUGCAGUGUUUACAAAUGUGAAGAUCUCAUAAUUAUUAUUCACUAACAACGUAAGCUUUAAGUGUUAUACCCAAUUAAAUUUUGUGUCUGUGUGCGCAUGUAUGUAUGUGGCUUUUGUACCAAAACUGCGUAUUGGAGUUCAUUUCUCAGGAAGAGUGUUUGUUUUCAUUUAAGAGUUGUCUGUGCAUUGUAGAACAAGAAGUACAUGGGUUGAAUAGCAAGAUGUAUCUGGGUUGAAUAGCAAGAUGUAUCUGGGUUGUAGAACAAGAAGUACAUGGGUUGAAUAGCAAGAUGUAUCUGGGUUGUAGAACAAGAAGUACAUGGGUUGAAUAGCAAGAUGUAUCUGGUUUGAAUUGCAAGAUGUAUCUGGGUUGUAGAACAAGAAAAUGUCCAUGGGAUGUGUACUACAGACUUUGAACAAAUAUGGGCCACUUAAAAAGUCUUGUCCCAAUGUUUGUCUCCUGUAUCUAUAUUUUACAUUAAAAUCUUGUAAACACACUUGUAUCUGUGUGCAUUAUGAGGUGCAUUUGUUCAAAUCCCAGUCCGUUGUCAGGACUCGCUGAAUUUGUGAUAUUAGUUAUGUAUUUGAUUCACUUCAUUACUGUACAUUGUGGGCUUUUACAUAUUUGCAUGGUUGGAUUAAAAAAUGCUGAUAGCUGGGUAUUAUUUUUUUUAGUUACCCAUAUUCUAUGAGUUUUUAGCAUAAGUAAUAUGGGAUAGGUAAAAAAAACAAUUAGCAAUGUACCUUCUCUCCUUUCCCCUUCCAAAAAAAAAAAAAAAGAAUCCCUAUGAUUGUUUGAGUUCAUUGUUUUAUCUUCACUUUGACAGAUUUGUCUUCUUGUAUUUAAGAACUGUUCAGCUGUGUUCAUUAAACAAGUAACUUCUGAUACUAGAGUUACCAAGGGCAGCAUUAGAAUAGAAGCUGGGAAUUGUAGAAGAUCCAAUGCCAAAAUUGUAUCUUUUUAGACUUAAUAGCCUUGAACUAUUUGGCAACAUUUUCUGAAGAUAAUAAUCCUUUGUGUUCCUGCAGAUAGUCAAGCUAACACAAACUUAAUCUUACAAUGUUUCUUUGAUGUCUUGAUGUUGGGAAACUCUUUCAUGGGCAGAUAAUAUAUUGAACUGGUAUAAAAAGUUAUCUAUUUUUAGACAUUUUAAAAUAUAAACUUUGAUCAAUUUAAUCUCUCUUACAUUUGUAAUUUUUUUUAGGCCAGAAUAUUUAGUUUUGUAAUGAAUGUAUAUAUCAUGAAAUGGAUGCAACUGGUUAACAAAUUAGUGAUGAAAUUAUUCCAUAAUGAAUAAACUAUAGAGAGUGAAAUACAUCAGAGGCUAUUGACAAACAAAU